UAUAUAUAUAUAUUUAUUCUUUUAGGGUUGAAUUGCUCAAUUGUUGAAGGUCACAACGCUUCUAGAGACAUCUCUGCCCGCCCGCACGUUAAUUGGCGCAGCCACAACGCAAUCCCCGACCACGUUUCUCCAAUCGAUCGCUGAUCCGCCGGUUGCUUUCGCUUGACAGUUGUGUUCGUUAACUAUGGCUGACGACGAGCCAGUAGAUCCAAAGAAGGAACUUGAAGAUCGCUGCAAGGCGCCAUGCACUCGGCCACUUAAAGAAUAUCAGGCAUGUGUCAAGAGAAUUGAAGGCGAUGAAUCCGGCCACAAGCACUGUACCGGGCAAUACUUUGAUUAUUGGCGCUGUGUUGACAAAUGUGUUGCUUCAAAGCUAUUUACUUAUCUUAAAUAGCAAAGACGAGGGAGACAAAACUUAUGUCUAGUACCAGGUUUCGCGCUUCUGUUUUUCUAAAGCCAAUCAUUUCCUUUCCAUUGUGGUGUUGUCGAGACAAGCUUUGAUGUGUAAGCACACAGUCCCUUGGCAACAUGAGUUCUACACCAGGUCAAUAAAUGUUUUUGAAGAAUGAAAUCUUUUUUUUGUCUUUUUCUUUUUUUUUUUUUGUUGUAAUAUGGAUGCUCCAUGCUACAUUUCUCUUUUGCACACAAUUGGAUCACAAUUGAUAGCCUGAUUGAGGACUAUUUUUGGGGUGUAAAACUAAGUUUCGAAUAAAUUACCGUUCGUAUUUGACUGCUUGAA